AAUUUUACCACGGUUUUACAAAGAUUCUGUCUCGUCUUCUCUGGUGCCAUGGAUCGUCUUUCUUCCUACUCUCAGAGGCGUCUUUUAGGGCCAGGCUCACAGAAGGGCUUAUGCUUGAAGCUGAAACCCAUAUGGCUGGCUCUUUUGUCUUCCUAUUUCGUUCUCUUCUACUUGUACUCAACCACCAACUUCUUCAUCCCUCUCCUCCGCUCAACCCCGUCUGAUUUAUUCUUGGAAUCGCCUCCGUCCGAUGAGAUUCUCCCUAAUCAUUCUCCGACGACCGUUCGUUCCAUCCAAAACUUACCCACAAAUGCUUCUCAGUCCUUAAAAUCUGUUGCUUCCCAAGAGGCUGUCGGUGCAGCUUUAAAAAGUCAACGGCCUUCCUCAAUUGGUACUGAGAGAGACGAAAGUGAGAAGAAGAAAGACGUGUACCAUGAAAGAGACAUCUUUAUGGAAGAAUACAAAGAAAUGAAAAGAAGAUUAAAGGUAUACGUGUAUCCUCACGGCAAGGACGAUCCUUUCGCCAAUGUGCUGUUGCCGGCCGAUGAAGAGCCCGGCGGCAACUACGCCAGUGAAAGCUACUUCAAGAAGGCUCUCAUGAAAAGCCAAUUCCUCACUGACGAUCCAACAAACGCAGAUCUAUUCUUCAUGCCUUUCUCCAUUGCGAGUUUGAGGCAUGAUCGCAGAGUCGGCGUCGGAGGAAUCCAAGGCUUCGUCAGAGACUAUAUUCGGGAAAUCACUCACAAGUAUCCCUACUGGAACCGAUCGGGUGGCGCCGAUCACUUUUACGUUGCUUGUCAUUCUGUGGGAAGAUCCGCCAUGGAAAAAGCUCCCCAAGUGAAGUUUAAUGCUAUCCAAGUUGUUUGUUCUUCUAGUUAUUUCUUAACUGGCUAUGUUGCUCAUAAGGACGCCUGUCUCCCACAAAUUUGGCCUCGACAAGGAAAUCCUCCCAACCUUGCUUCCUCAGAUAGGAAAAAGCUGGCCUUCUUUGCGGGAGGAAUGAAUUCCCGUGAACGUAAACAACUGGUGAAAACAUGGGGAAACGACUCUGAAAUAUUUGCUCACGCUGGUCGACUAAGAACGCCUUAUGCUGAUGAAUUAUUAGGAAGCAAGUUCUGCCUGCACGCCAAAGGCUAUGAAGUGAACACAGCUCGUAUUGGAGAUUCAUUAUAUUAUGGUUGUGUUCCUGUGGUUGUUGCUGACUACUACGACCUCCCAUUUGCCGAUGUGCUUAACUGGAACAGCUUCUCUGUGGUAGUGAACGCCAUUGAUAUUCCUUUGCUGAAGAAGGUGCUCAAAGGUAUCAGUCCUGAGGAGUACCAGAAGCUACACAGCAAUGUGUUGAAGGUGAGGAAACACUUCAAAUGGCAUUCAUCUCCCGUCGAUUUUGAUGCUUUCUACAUGGUCAUGUAUGAACUAUGGCUUCGACGCAGUUCUAUCAAAUUCCCAUUGCUGUAAACAAGAAUGACUUUGAUGGGUUUGCUUUGUGUAUGUAAAACUUAUAAUAGAAAUUCAGGAAAAUCAAACACGCAAGAAGAGGAAUAAUAUAGCGUGAACCAAAUGUUAAUGAAUCAAUGAAUUCAUUCGUUUUGUC